AUGUAUGACGUAUGCACCGAAACAGGGCAAGCCUUCGACGGUCUUAGAAGAGGAACACAAGUUCAAGGACUGGUGACCCUCAUGGACUAUGUGGACUGCACCUGGAUGAGGAGCAGCGUGUGGUCUGUGAACGCCUGGUCAGUCUUCAACCAGAGUGUGAGGACCAACAACGAUGUGGAGGGCUGGCAUCACCGACUGAACCACUGUGCCCUUGGAACAGCCCCUCCCUUCUACAAGUUGGUUCCCAUGCUCCACACUGAAGCCAGGCUGGUUCCUCCGACAUGCCCGUUCGUCUCAGAGAGGAAGAUGCGACGACGACAGAGGAAGGCUUUCAGGAAUCUGCAGGGGAAAAUAUUCGAACUGUGGGGACGCUACACAGAUGGUGAAGUGUCCACUUCGAGAUUCCUGUCUGCCUGUGGAAAGCUGUACGCCCCUGUUGCACACUGA